AUGGCUCCACGCGUUGUAGUAACCGGGGUGACUGGGUACAUUGGUGGUGACGCCUUCCAUGCGUUGUACGAGGCUCACCCGGACUUCGACUACACUUUGCUUGUACGCACCAAAGAACGAGCAGAGAGUGUCCGUGGACAGUACGGCAAUGUGGACAAAGUGAAGGUCCUCUAUCCGGGGGAGGUUGGCCCGUCCGUAUCAUUCACGGAGGUCUUGGAGGACCAGGCCAAGAAGGCGGAUGUCGUUCUUCAUACCGCAGACUCUGCCGAUGAUGUUGCUCAAGCAACGGCUAUUCUCAGAGGACUACAAGCGGCCGGCCGCUCCGCCGAGAACCCAGCAUAUUGGAUUCACAUCAGCGGCACUGGUAUCUUGACCUGGUACGACCACGCCCAAUCACGGUACGGCCAAGCCCCGGUUCCCGAACAGGCCUACAACGACCUUACCGGCAUCGACCGCCUCGUCAACCUCCCGGACCAAGCCCCUCACCGCAACGUCGACAAUAUCGUCCUCUCCGCCAACGACAACCCGGGCAUCAAAACAGCCAUCGUCGCGCCGCCAACCAUCUACGGCGCCGGCCGCGGGCCCGUCAACAAAUCCAGCAUAGCGCUCCCGCUGCUCACCCGCUUCAUCCUCAAACACGGCUACGCGCCCGUGAUCGGGGAGGGCCGGAACGAGUGGGACAACGUGCACGUCUCGGACGUGAGCUCGCUGUUGGUGCGGCUCGUAGACGCCGCGCUCGACCCGGCGCGGAAGCGCAACCCGGAGGAGAUCUUCGGCGGACGGGCGUACUACUUCUGCGCAAGUGGGACGCACGCCUGCGGAAAGGUGGCCGUCGACAUCGCCGAGGAGGCGGUCAGGCAGGGGCUGUUGAAGGAAGCUUUGCCUAAGGUGGUGUCGCUGGGAGAAAGAGAGAUCACUGACGAGGUAGGGGCCAUGUGGGCGGCGAAUUCGAAGGGUGUUGCGGAAAGGGCGAGGCGGUAUCUUGGUUGGGAGGCGAGAGGGCCGUCGUUGGAGGAGGAGAUUCCGAGGGUUGUCGAGCUGGAGGGGAAGAAAGCGGGUGUUGAGGGGAAGGCACUCUGA